AUGAAGUUGGGCUUUGACUUGGCCUACACUCUGGGCGGUUGGCCGGGCCCGACCUGGACUAUACCCGUGUCGGUGGACACGUUUGAACAGACAUUUGACCUAGUUAGAGCGUUUGACAUCACUUCUUCGCCACAAAACUCGUUGACUUUCAAUACAAAUAAUGUUCAUGGUAGUGGGCAUGUGUUGGCUGCUAAUGUGGCCACCACUAGAUCAGUUGAUGAUAUCAACACACGUGACAGUCGCCGCACGUGUCCGAAGUGGUUGAACACCCGAUUGAUGGUAGUGUCCAACACCUGUCGACAGUGUCAUUGUGUGCCAUCGCUGACCAUAACCUCCAAUCGGGUCCCGUAUAUUGUGUCUACCCGUUGGCCACCGUUGCCAACGGAUCCGAUGUUAAAUUUCAUGUUAUGUGUCUUGAGGACAGUAUUGGCUGUCAUCCCAUUGGCCGGCGCUCUGCUCUGCUUUGAGUCCACACUUGAGUCCACUUAUAGACCACUAGACCAAACCAUUGGUUUGCGGCAAACAUUUCCUGUGAUGAGUGAUAUCGACGAAGACGUGAACUUCUUGUGUUGCCUUCCCGUGGAUUCGUUCGCCAGGUUUACCACCGAUGAUGAGUCUGUGAUCACACUAUCGUUACUUAAGUUAUUAAAACAAUUAAAACGUUUACAAAACAAGUGA